UGGAAGAGCAAUUAAUAGGAAAGUUGAGAAUAUUAGUAGAGACCUCAACUACCACUUGACAGUUGGUGCUCUGAAAAAUAAAAAGGGACGUCUCCACCGAAAAAGCCCUCUCUCCGUUUUAUCAAAUCUUCAAGCAAACGACGACAUCACAUCACCUCACUCUGCUUCAGAUCUCUGCUUUUAAAACCCUCGAUUCUGUGGCGCAACCCGCUCACGGCGUUUGCUUUGAUCGAUGAGAAUUUUGUAGGUUUAUUAGGUAUUUUGGUGUAGAUCGAUUGAUUUGCUGUAGAAAUCAUUUUUUUCCCCGUUGUACGGAGGGAAAAUGGCGGUGGAAUCUGGACCUUUGACGCCUGGGCAGUUGAAUAUCUUGAUUUUCUGCCAACUCGUGUCUGAGCUUCCUUACACUAACUGCGAUGUAUCGUUCUUGCUUGGGGUCAUUCCAGUCUUUGUGGCAUGGAUAUACUCCGAAUGGUUGGAGUAUAAGAGGUCAUCAUCCCUUUCCAAAGUCCACUCAGAUAAUAAUUUGGUUGAACUAGAAAGUGAGACAAUCAAGGAUGAUGAUCGAGCUUCUUUGAUGGAAGGGGGUCUUACAAAUUCUUUAUCCACAAAGUUUACCACUCCCUCUAUUAAAACAAACAUAAUCAGGUUUUUGACAAUGGAGGAGUCAUUUUUGCUAGAAAAUCGGCAACUUCUUAGGGCAAUGGCUGAGUUCGGAUGGAUUUUGUUCUAUUUCUACUUGUGUGACCGCACAAAUGUUUUUGCAGAUUCACACAAGAACUACAACCGCGAUCUAUUCCUUUUCCUGUACAUUCUCCUUAUCAUUGUUUCAGCAAUGACUUCUUUCAAGAAACAUAAUGACAAGUCUGCAUUUUCGGGGAAAUCUAUCCUUUAUCUGAAUCGCCAUCAGACUGAAGAGUGGAAAGGAUAUAUGCAGGCAACCUCUGGAUUGAUUUUCUGCCAAACUAUAAAAUUGACAAAGGUCUUGUUUUUGAUGUACCAUUACUUUGCCGCAUCGGAGAUCUACAAUGCAAUUCGUGUUUUCAUAGCUGCAUAUGUGUGGAUGACUGGUUUUGGAAACUUCUCAUACUACUACAUCCGAAAAGAUUUCAGUCUCGCUCGAUUUGCUCAGAUGAUGUGGAGGCUGAACUUUUUCGUGGCAUUCUGUUGCAUUGUUCUCAACAACGACUACAUGCUAUACUAUAUCUGCCCUAUGCAUACCCUCUUUACACUCAUGGUCUAUGGAGCCCUUGGUAUAGGUUACAACUACAAUGAGAUAAAAGCGGUGAUGGCUCUGAAAAUCGUUAUGUGCUUUGUCGUUGUUAUAUUGGUGUGGGAAAUUCCAGGAUACAACGACCCAGCAAAACCGGAUCUUCCGAGGCUGCAUGAAUGGCAUUUCAGAUCCGGACUUGACCGAUACAUAUGGAUUGUUGGAAUGAUCUAUGCUUACUUUCACCCAAAUGUUGAAAAGUGGAUGGAGAAACUGGAAGAAGCUGAGGCCAAGAGGAGGCGCUCAAUAAAAGCUGCCAUUGUUUCAAUCUCUUUAGUUGUUGGGUAUUUGUGGUAUGAAUGCAUAUACAAGCUGGACAAAGUUUCGUACAACAAGCUCCAUCCUUACACAUCUUGGAUCCCCAUCACCGUCUAUAUUUGCUUGCGUAAUUUCACUCAGGAACUUCGGAAUUUUUCAUUGACCCUGUUUGCAUCAAAUAUGCCCAAUGGACAGCCUAAGUGGCUGCUCUGUUUCAUUCCAGAGUAUCCUUUGCUUAACUUCAUGCUCACGACAGCCAUUUACAUCUUGAUAUCAUAUCGACUUUUUGAGCUGACAAACACGCUGAAAUUGGCUUUCAUCCCGACAAGAGACAACCAGAAGCUGUUGCACAAUUUUAUUGCUGGAGUUGCAAUCUGUGCUUCGGACUGCAAAGCUGUGAAUGUCGUUAGCAAAUAGUUGCCUUGGUAGGGGCAUAAGUGAAAUAUGAGUUGGGAGACAGUUACUGGACCCGAAAAUGCCUCGUCUCAGGAGUAGUUCAUUGCACGGUCAAUUAUAUUCUAUGUUGACAUCAUCAAUUGCCAUUUACCAAAAUGAGUAGCAGAAAUAUUGUAUAGCCAGUUUUGACAUUGUUGAAAGCAAACUAUUGUCUCCCCGGUUAUAUUCCAUUUUUUAUUUUCAUAUAUUUUUUCCCCAAUUUUUAGAGAUAGCCUUUCCAUAUUUUUCCCAUGUGGUGGAGGUUGGUAUAUAGCAUAUGUUGGUGGAGGUUGGUAGUAUAGCAUACAUUUAUAUGGACAAUGUCAAAACAUCAAGUUGAUGGGUCGACCAAGAAUUAGGCAAUAAAUCAUCAUUCUCAUUCUCAAUACUAAAACAUGUAAGAUACAUGCCGAUUGUAGGCAAAAAAAUAAAAAAAAAUAAA